UACCUUUUUCAAUAAAGGUCGACAAGUUUACCUUACCGUUACUUCGAUAUGCAUUCCAAUUAAUUUUAGAAUCUGAGUAGCAAUCUGAAAUCAUUUUAUCUUAUCUAAUCUUUCAUUUUUCAAACAAAUAUAGGUGAUUAUUGUAAUCUGACCGCGAAUUCUGUUGCAAUUUAAUUUUAUUUAUCAAAAAAUGCCAACAAAAUUUCGAUAUAUAACACAAUACUAAAUGUUUUAUGAUGAGAAGGAAUUUCAAGACAAUAUACAAGUUUUUCUUCAUCGCAGGAAUAUCCGUUGUAUGUACAGUUUUACUAUACAGAAUAUUCAUAAAAAACCCCAAAAAUGAGAUUUCUUUUCGGGAAUCAUUUCUUAAGAAAGCAGUAUUUGGUCCAGAAGAUGUCCUCAUCCUCAAUGGUGAAAAAAUUGAUUGGCAUAAUUAUCAAUUGAUCGAAGAGGAUUCUAAAAAGAAAGGACCUGGAGAGCAAGGGAAAUCUGCCGUUUUAAAAAAUAACGAGAUGGAAAAUUAUGAAGAACUAUACAAAGUGAAUGGUUUUAAUGCCGCAUUGAGUGAUAAGAUAGCAUUAGAUAGAUCAAUUCCUGACAUAAGACAUUCUGGUUGCAAGAGCAAAAAAUACCUGAAAAAUCUACCGACUGUUAGUGUUAUUGUUCCUUUUCACAAUGAGCAUUGGAGUACUCUCCUGAGAACUGCCCAUAGUGUAAUUAAAAGAUCUCCCCCUGAAUUACUAAAGGAAAUCAUUUUGGUAGAUGAUGCUAGUACUAAAGAAUUCAGCAAAAAGAAGUUGGAUGAUUAUCUGGCUGCCAACUUGACUAAAGUACGAGCUAUUCAUCUACCGACAAGAAGUGGUUUAAUACGUGCUAGACUAGCAGGUGCCAAACUAGCAAUUGCAGAUGUUUUAGUAUUUUUAGAUAGUCAUACAGAAGCAAACGUUAAUUGGUUACCUCCUUUAUUGGAACCUAUUGCCCAAGAUUACAAGACUUGUGUUUGUCCCUUCAUUGAUGUUAUUCAAUACGAAACUUUCGAAUACAGAGCUCAGGAUGAAGGAGCUCGAGGAGCUUUUGAUUGGGAAUUUUUUUAUAAAAGGUUGCCCUUACUUCCAGAAGAUCUCAAGCAUCCCACUGAACCAUUCAAGAGUCCUGUUAUGGCUGGUGGAUUAUUUGCAAUAAGUGCCAAAUUUUUUUGGGAAUUAGGUGGUUAUGAUGAAGGUUUGGAUAUUUGGGGAGGUGAACAGUACGAAUUGAGUUUUAAAAUCUGGCAGUGUGGAGGUCAGAUGUUGGACGCUCCAUGUUCCAGAGUUGGACAUAUUUAUCGAAAAUACGCUCCUUUUCCAAAUCCAGGCAAAGGCGAUUUUGUAGGCAGGAAUUACAAAAGAGUGGCUGAAGUGUGGAUGGAUGAGUAUGCAGAAUAUCUGUAUAUGCGUAGACCUCAUUAUAGAUCCAUCGAUGCAGGAGAUUUAUCGAAACAGAGGGAAAUCAGAACAUCUUUGGAAUGUAAACCAUUCAAGUGGUUUAUGGAGAAAAUAGCCUUUGAUCUACCGCUCAAAUAUCCACCGAUAGAACCUGAUGAUUUCGGUUCAGGAGAGGUGAGAAAUGUUGGUACUCCUGAGCUGUGUGUUGAUGCAGGCUAUAACGAUAGAGACUCUGUUGUUAACAUAGCAAAAUGUACUAAGGGAACUUCGAAGAAAGCUGAUCAAAAUUUCACCCUUACGUGGCACAAGGAUAUGAGGGUUAAGGGUAAAUCGCUCUGUUGGGAUGUUUCCGAUCCUAAUGACAAAGCUGAAGUUACAUUAUUUCCUUGUCACGGGAUGAAGGGAAAUCAAUAUUGGAAGUAUGAUAUAGAGAAGCAAUGGUUCAUGCAUGGUACAAAUGGCAGAUGCUUAGAUUGUGACCCUAGCAAGAUGAAAUUGUUUGUACGUAACUGUGAUGAUACUUCCAAAACACAGAAAUGGAGACUUGAGAAUGUUAAUUUAACAAUGCUAGCGAACUGGGAAAAUAUUGGAGUAGCAUAAGUUUAAAGAUAUUAUAUUGAAAAAAAUUUCGAAAUAUUCAGUAUUUUUCUCAUUAUUCUUUAUAUGUAUAUUCAACCUUCAUAAAAAAUUAUUUAUGAAAAGGUUAGUUGUUAAUCAAAUUGUUUUUAUUUUAUUUAAUCAAGGAUAUGAUUCUGAUUUUCAUAUUUUGUAAAAAGCCCUAUUUAAUCUAAUUUUUCUAUGAAAUAAUUUCUUUGAAUAUUGUACAUUUCCACUCUUAUUUAUAUUUUUAAGUUUUUUACAUAUCCACUACAUCUUAAUUUUUUCACUUUAUUAUGAAUUUCUAUAGGCAAAAGGUAAAUGUUUGUUAAAAAUUUCUGAAAAGUUAGAAAAAAUUUUCUAAACCUUCAAAAUUUCUUGACAAACCUAAUUUUUUUUAUUUUUUUUAUCAUUCAGCAUUAAAAUAUGGUAACAUUCUGUAUGAAUUUUCAGAGCGAAAAAUUAAAUUGCUCUUUAAACUCAAGAAAUUAGUUUCUAUCCUGGACUGUAAGAGCCACCCUGUACUAUAAAAUAUCAAAUUAAAUAUGUGUCAUAAUUUGUUAAAGUUUAACUAUCAUUUUCAUUUGAAUAUUUUACUGUGAUAAUGAGGUGAAUGAAAAUUUUGCCAUUUUCCUGUAUAAAUAAAAUUGUAACAGAAAUUAAA